AUGCAGGACUCACUGGAAGUCACGCUUCCCAGCAAACAAGAGGAGGAGGAGGAGGAGGAGGAUGAGGAGGAGGAGGAGGAGAAAGACCAGCCUGCCGAGAUGGAGUACCUUAACUCUCGCUGUGUCCUUUUCAAUUAUUUCCAGGGAGACAUUGGGUCAGUAGUGGAUGAACACUUCUCAAGAGCUUUGGGCCAAGCCAGCACCUUGCAUCCAGAAUCUGCCAUUUCAAAAAGCAAGAUGGGGCUAACCCCCCUAUGGCGAGACAGCUCAGCUCUCUCAAGCCAGCGGAGUAAUUUUCCAACUUCCUUUUGGACCAGCUCUUACCAGCCUCCACCUGCGCCCUGUUUGGGGGGAGUUCAUCCUGACUUCCAAGUCACUGCACCCCAUGCCACCUUUACAACAACAGACCCCAACUCUUGGCCGGGACAUGGUCUGCAUCAGACUGGCCCUGCCCCACCCCCUACUGUGUCCGAGUCCUGGCACUACCCUCUGGCAUCUCAGGUGAGCCCGUCCUACAGCCACAUGCAUGACAUGUACAUGCGGCAUCACCAUCCUCACGCCCACAUGCAUCACCGCCACCACCAUCACCACCACCACCACCCAACUGCUGGUUCUGCCCUGGAUCCCGCCUAUGGGCCCCUGCUAAUGCCAUCAGUGCGUACUGCCAGGAUUCCUGCUCCCCAGUGUGACAUCACAAAGACAGAUCCGACUACAGUCACCACUGCUACCUCAGCAUGGGCUGGAGCCUUUCAUGGAACAGUGGACAUCAUGCCAAGUGUGGGCUUUGAUACAGGUAUUCAGCAUCAGGACAAGAGCAAAGAAUCAGCUUGGUACUGAAGCAUGGUAUUAGCAGAUCAUAUUGCAGCCUGAAUCCCAGGUCCCACUGGGAAAAGAUGCCAUGGGGAUUUCCUAUCCAGCAAUGGGACACAGAAAACAUGGAUGGAGAAGAGGACAUAUGAGGCCAUUAUCUUUUGAUUUGAACCUUUUCUGGAGAAAACAGAGUGGGUCCCAGUCAUUGAAGAGAAGCAUUUUGUCUGUUUUCCCUCAUCUGAGCCUUUGUCAACUA